AUGACGGGAUACGAAAACUCUGAUACGGGCGGAAGUGGUCGAGAGCCCCCUCAGAGGGCCAAGACAGCUUCAACUCGAAAUAGCAACUCCGGUCGCUAUCCAGACCCAGACGGACACGGACGUGUGGAUCAACACGUUCGAACAAGUAGGCACGCUGUGUUACCAAACUUCACACCAUUAACCUUCGGAGACAUCGUCGACUUCUGGAUGAUCAAGCACUGUCAGAUCGACGCCGAUCAGCGAAUGACACAGGACAAACACGGAGAAUGGUGGUUCACAGAUAAAGGCGUACUCCGCUUCCAGCCAAACGAAUAUAUCCGGAACAAGUAUGGCCAGGAUUGGCCGCAUGGCUUCUACUUGGAAGCUCGAGACGGCCUCGUAACUGCUACGUUACACGAAGACAAUGGCAGGGCAACAGUCCAAAUCCUACCUAUCUGGACUUAUGGUAGUACGGGAGCCUGGAGAGACGCCGCGGAGACCAUACCUAAAUCUGCAGAAUUCUGCGCUUCGCACCUCUCUAUCAUGAACCGGGACCGAGUCGAUGAUCGAGAACGAUACGAAGCAGAUAUCAGAGAAGAGCUGGCGCGGAAUCCGAACUCCACCCAGACGAUCUCACGCGGUAUCGAGCAUCCAACUCCCAACGGCCAUCCUUACGCGCCUAUGGACUGCGUCGCUGUGGUUAAUCGACUCCAUCCGUACGACCCGAAGCGCAAUUCCGUGAUCAGGUUCUCCAUGAGUAUCACUGUGGACUUGGAUGAGCGGGUCCGUCGGCAUUCUACACUGGAGCCUGAGAGCAGGAUCCGUACCCGAGACAUCUACUGGAAAUGGCUCAUUAUCAGCAUGAUGGAUCCUCAAGAGCGCCGUACAGCUGAUUAUGGCCCCUAUACUUGGCUUAGAGGAAUGGAUCCAAGCUAUACCGGGUCGCUACACACACCUGAAAUCGGCACCACCAACGCUGCACCUCCACAACUGCCGACAGUACCUCAGCAGAACAGGGCAUUGCCGCCUUCUACCGGUCCAGCUACGGUGGCUACACCUAAUCAGAUGACGAUGGCACCCCAUCAGACUGUAGCCCCACCACGUCCUACUGGUACUUUGAGUUCUACUCCUCAGCAGGUGUCGACAAUGCCUAAUCAGAACGGAACCCUGCCAUAUCCUAACAAUAUUAUCAACGCUGCACCUCCGCCUCCACCGUCGGCGAAGCGCAAGGCUAACGAUACAGAGACAGCGUCGUCUGUAAAGGCCGAACAGCAGGCCCCAGUGGAAAAUGCUGUCGCAAAGGGAGAAGACGACAACUUCGGUGCACAAGCUGCUGACUCAACCGUACCACUGGAGCCAGCACAAAAGCGACAGAAGACCACAAUCAGCGCCGAGAACGAAGCCGAUGUUGAUGUCGGGCCUAAGCCUAACGACGCAGACCCCAAAUAA